AAACUGACGGCCGCCAUGAAGUCGUGGGGCGAGGCGCUGACACGCGGCGCAUCGGCGCACCUGCCUCGAGUGGGGCGCCUGCGCCGCGCCCUGGUGUUGCUGGCACUCGCCGCAUGCACGGCCGCGGCGCUGCUGUACUGGCGCCAGCAGAGCAACGAGCUGGCCCACCGCCCGCUGCACAACUUGUACAGCGGAUCCGAGCCCACAUGGACGUGGAUAUGCCGGAACGAGCGCUGCGAACGAAUGCUCGCGUCCGAAUCGAGCACGCUGCAGUCGCUGCCGACCUGCAACAUGCUGUGCGCGUCCACGCAACUGUGGCCGCAGCCCACCGGGCCCGUCAGCCUCGCCACCGCCGCCGUGCCCGUCCGAGCAGACGGCUUCUCCCUCAAAGUCACCGCCACUACCUCGAAAGACGUCACCACCCACCUCCAGGGAGCCUUCGAACUCAUGACGGAAGAUAUGCGCACCCUUGAAAAAACAAUCAACGGAGAAAUACGACGCAACGAUAUCGGCUCCCCUCGUAACGUCCUCGUCCGCGUCGCGGUCAACGGCUCUGCUGAUCCCCGCAUGAGGCUCAACACUGACGAAAGCUACAAGCUCUCCCUCCGGCCGACUGGGAACAAUCUAGUGGUCGACAUCAUCGCGCACUCCUUCUGCGGCGCCAGACACGGCCUCGAAACCCUCUCCCAACUCGUCUGGCUCGACCCCUACGCUGGGUCGCUCCUCAUCCUCGAAGCGGCGACGGUCGAUGACGCACCCAAGUUCGGCUUCAGAGGGCUACUCUUAGACACGGCACGAAACUAUUUUCCGUUGCCCGAGAUAAUGCGCACAAUAGAUGCUAUGGCCGCCUGCAAGCUCAAUACGUUCCACUGGCACGUGAGCGACUCGCAGUCGUUCCCGCUGAGACUGAACAGCGUGCCUCAGCUAGCGCAGCAUGGCGCAUACGGUCCAGGAGCUAUCUACACCAUGGACGACGUGAAAGCGGUCGUGCACCGCGCCAAACUCCGCGGAAUCAGAGUUCUGCUAGAAGUGGACGCGCCGGCGCACGUAGGGCGGGCCUGGGGCUGGGGCCCGGCGGCCGGCCUCGGGCACCUCGCCUACUGCAUCGAGGUCGAGCCCUGGAGCUACUACUGCGGCGAGCCCCCGUGCGGGCAACUGAACCCCAAAAACCCGCACGUGUACGAUUUACUCGAGCGAAUCUACGCGGAAAUAAUCGAGGUGACCGGCGUCGACGACCUGUUCCACUUAGGCGGGGACGAGGUCUCCGAGCGGUGCUGGUCGCAGCACUUCAACGACACGGAUCCGAUGGAGCUGUGGUUGGAGUUCACGCGGCGCGCGAUGCGGGCUCUCGAGCGCGCCAACGGCGGGAAGGCGCCCGAGCUCACGCUGCUUUGGUCGUCGCGGCUGACGCGCUCGCCGUACCUCGAAAGACUCGACUCGAAGUCGAUAGGCGUGCAAGUGUGGGGUGCGUCCCGCUGGCCGGAGUCGCGCGCGGUGCUCGACGCGGGCUUCCGCUCGGUGAUCUCGCACGUGGACGCGUGGUACCUCGACUGCGGCUUCGGCUCGUGGCGCGACAACUCCGACGGGCACUGCGGCCCGUACCGCUCGUGGCAGCAGGUGUACGAGCACCGGCCGUGGGCGGAGGAGCCGGGGCCCGCGUGGCGCGUGGAGGGCGGCGCGGCCUGCCAGUGGACGGAGCAGCUGGGCCCGGGCGGGCUGGACGCGCGCGUUUGGCCCCGCUCGGCCGCGCUCGCCGAGCGAUUGUGGGCCGACCGGGCCGAAGGCGCGGCGGGCGACGUGUAUCUACGGUUGGACACGCAGCGCGCGCGGCUGGUGGCGCGAGGCGUUCGCGCGGCGCCGCUAUGGCCUCGCUGGUGCUCGCACAACCCGCACGCUUGCCUCUAGCCGGAGCCCACGCCUGCGCCGGCGCCGGCGCCCGC